GAACUACCAAAGAGUCACGCUGCGUCUGUGCCUACCUUCCUCUACCACUGUAGAUUGAAGAUAAAAGGGGAAGGAGAAGGAAUCAAGAAGAUACCGGAGAGAGAGAAAGGCCUAUAAACGGCAGCUGCAGGUCCAUUUUCCGGCCGUUCGAGCUUCCAUCGGGAGAGGAGAAGCGUUGUGGUCCGUGAAAGAUAUGCUGUCGGAUCCGGCAGGCGAAGAGGUGGUGGGCAAGGCGGCGCGGGCGCCGAUGGAGGACCACUUCGACAGGCUGCCCAACUCGGUUCUUCUUCUCAUCUUCAACAAGGUGGGCGACGUGAAGGCCCUCGGCCGAUGCUGUGCCGUCUCCCGCCGCUUCAGCUCCCUCGUCCCCCAGGUGGACUCCGUCGUCGUCCGCGUCGACUGCGUCAUCUCCGGAGACGCCGCCGCUGGCGCAGCUAGCGGAGAGGCUUCCACCACCGGCUCUGGUACCAAGUCGCGAGGGGUCCUCGGCCAGCUGCUGCGCGUCCUAUUGGGCAGCAUCUUCCGCCCGAUCCAGGCCAUCCAGCAGAUGAUCGGCUCCAAGAAGGUCAUUCUCGCUGAGGUUUCCCACCACUCGCCCGGCGAGGUCCUUCGCAACUUCCGCGAGAUCCGGCGUCUCCGGAUCGAGCUCCCCGGCGGCGAGCUCGGCGUCGACUCCGGCGCCCUGCUCAAGUGGAAGGCCGAGUUUGGGAGCUCGCUGGAGAGCUGCGUCAUCCUCGGCGCGACCUCCUUCAGCCGCCGCUCUGCAGACGAUACUGCCGAUAACACCGCCGCUGCUGCUCCCGAGAGGGAGCCCAAUUUCGCCGCCUCUGCCGCGGCCGAGGAACAAGGCAGCAUCCCGGAGUCUUUCUAUACGAACGGAGGGCUGAAGCUGCGGGUCGUUUGGACGAUAACGUCCCUAAUCGCGGCCUCCGCCCGGCAUUACCUCCUUCAACAGAUCGUCGCUGAGCACCCGACGCUGGAAAGCCUGGUGCUUACCGACGUUGACGGGCAGGGCAUGCUCUGUAUGGGUAAGGAGCAAUUAGCGGAGUUCCGGCGGGCACCCGUCGCUCCUUCUUCGUCCUCGUCCAACAGGACGCAGGUCCCUGCCUUGAACAUGAAGCUCUGGUAUGCCCCUCGACUCGAGCUCUCGGCGGGGUACACUUUGGAAGGGGCAACUUUGGUUGCCAUUAGGCCUAUUGAUCGGCCGACCAAGAAGGAGACGACGGACGCUUUUGUAACGGCCGCAUUCGACGAGCCGUUCGGCGAGGCUGCCAAGGCCAUGGUGAAGAGGAGAACUUAUCUUCUUGAGAUGAAUCCGUUCUGAAAGAAGUUGCUUCACCAUCUAUUGCGAAAAUCUGGACUUCGUUCUGCAGCAUCGGCAGCGAAGAGGAAGGAGGUGGGGUGCGCUGCAGGGGGAACAAUCUUCGAAUUGGGAGAGAUAAGGCGCUGAAGAGAUAGAAAUGAGAACGAAGUGGGGUUGUACAUUUAGAAUGAAGGUUGGUAUCGGAGGAAUUGGCAGUAGGAUGGAUGACUUAUGACGAUGAUGAUUGUGAAGAUGGGAUGAGCAACUCUGUAACACAAUCUUCUAAUAUUUGUAAUAAAUGAUUUCCUAAUGUAUCUUUUUGAAAUCUAGUGGCUAUGAAUCUCAAUUGUCAACAA